UUUCACCUUACUUUCACUUUACUCCCGCUUCAGUCGCAUGUCUGUGUGACACUACGGUCCUCCAGCGCACUAGAUGGCGCUGCACAUUCAUAUUUCUGCCUAUUGCUUACGGAAGUUUAAGAAGCAUUAGCCAUCGCUCUUUGAAUGAAGGUUGUUCCCGUUUGGUUAACAGAGAAAGAGACUACAUAAAGAUGUCUGAUAGUGAGGACAGUGAUUUCUCUGAUAACCAGAGUGAGAGGAGCAGUGAGGCUGAAGAAGUGGAGGAAAACGAGGAUGAGGAAGAACAAAGGAGUUUAACUGGCAGCGACAAGGCAGCAGAAGAGGAAGGAGAAGAUUUGGAUGAAGAGGAAUAUGAUGAAGAAGAGGAAGAGGAUGACGAUCGGCCCAGGAAGAAACCUCGACAUGGCGGUUUUAUCUUGGAUGAAGCCGAUGUUGAUGACGAGUAUGAAGAUGAAGAUCCCUGGGAGGACGGGGCUGAAGAUAUCUUAGAAAAAGCAGAAGAAGCUGAAGUGUCCAACAUUGACCAUGUAGUUUUGGAUGAGGAUCACUCGGGUUCUCGUAGGUUACAGAACCUCUGGAGGGACUCCCGAGAAGAAGCUCUGGGGGAGUAUUAUAUGAGAAAAUAUGCCAAAUCCUCAGGAGGAGAGCAUUUUUAUGGCGGCUCAGAGGAUCUUUCAGAUGACAUCACCCAACAGCAAUUGCUACCUGGAGUCAAGGAUCCCAAUUUGUGGACUGUUAAGUGUAAGAUCGGAGAGGAGAGAGCAACCGCCAUCGCCCUCAUGCGGAAAUUCAUUGCGUAUCAAUGCACAGACACUCCACUUCAAAUCAAAUCUGUGGUAGCCCCGGAGCAUGUCAAGGGUUACAUCUAUGUGGAGGCAUACAAACAAACUCAUGUCAAGGCCGCUAUUGAAGGAGUCGGAAAUCUACGUAUGGGUUUCUGGAACCAGCAGAUGGUGCCCAUUAAAGAAAUGACAGAUGUCUUGAAAGUGGUUAAGGAAGUGACGAAUCUUAAACCCAAGUCUUGGGUUCGUCUGAAGCGAGGCCUUUAUAAAGAUGAUAUUGCCCAGGUGGACUACGUUGAACCGAGCCAGAAUACGAUUUCGCUAAAAAUGAUUCCUCGUAUCGAUCUGGACCGCAUCAAAGCAAGGAUGAGCAUGAAAGACUGGUUUGCAAAGAGAAAGAAGUUUAAAAGACCAGCUCAGAGGCUUUUCGAUGCUGAAAAGAUCAGGUCUCUCGGUGGUGAGGUCAGCCACGAUGGUGACUUCAUGAUAUUCGAAGGCAACCGUUAUAGCCGAAAAGGGUUCCUGUUCAAAAGCUUUGCCAUGUCAGCCGUGAUCACAGAUGGUGUCAAACCCACUCUUUCAGAGCUGGAGAAGUUUGAGGAUCAGCCCGAGGGUAUUGACCUUGAAGUAGUCACAGAGACCACAGGCAAGGAGCGUGAGCACAAUCUCCAGGCAGGUGAUAAUGUGGAGGUGUGUGAGGGAGAGUUGAUCAACCUUCAGGGCAAAAUCCUGAGCGUGGAUGGCAACAAGAUUACCAUCAUGCCCAAGCAUGAGGAUCUUAAGGAUCCACUUGAAUUCCCAGCACAUGAACUGAGGAAGUACUUUCGAAUGGGCGACCAUGUGAAAGUAAUUGCGGGUCGUUUUGAAGGCGACACGGGUUUGAUAGUCCGUGUGGAGGAGAACUUUGUUAUUCUGUUUUCCGACCUCACCAUGCAUGAAUUGAAAGUUUUGUCCAGGGAUCUGCAGCUGUGCUCUGAGACGGCCUCAGGUGUGGAUGCAGGCGGGCAGCAUGAGUGGGGAGAGCUGGUGCAGUUAGACCCCCAAACCGUCGGUGUCAUUGUCAGACUAGAGCGAGAGACCUUCCAGGUUCUGAACAUGCAUGGGAAGGUUUUAACAGUCCGCCAUCAGGCCGUAAACAGACGAAAGGACAACCGUUUCGCCGUAGCUCUCGACUCGGAGCAAAACAACAUCCACGUGAAGGAUAUUGUCAAAGUCAUUGAUGGACCACACUCGGGCCGUGAAGGUGAAAUCCGUCAUCUCUUCCGAGGCUUCGCUUUUCUUCACUGCAAGAAGCUUGUUGAGAAUGGAGGCAUGUUUGUUUGUAAGACGCGCCACCUUGUUCUUGCAGGGGGCUCGAAGCCCAGGGAUGUGACCAAUUUCACAGUUGGGGGGUUUGCUCCUAUGAGCCCACGGAUCAGCAGUCCAAUGCAUCCAGGAGGAGGUGGUGGUGGUGGUGGUCAGCAGCAAAGGGGUGGCGGUGGAGGCAUGGGGCGGGGACGUGGAAGGCGAGACAAUGAUUUGAUUGGUCAGACUGUCCGGAUAUCCCAGGGACCUUACAAAGGCUACAUCGGAGUGGUGAAAGAUGCCACAGAAUCGACAGCUAGGGUAGAGCUCCAUUCGACAUGCCAGACCAUCUCAGUGGACCGUCAGCGUCUCUCGACCGUGGGUGCCAAGCGACAGGGAGGAAUGACGUCUACACACGGACGUACCCCAAUGUAUGGCUCUCAGACACCUAUGUAUGGAACUGGCUCACGUACUCCAAUGUAUGGUAGCCAGACGCCCCUCCAUGAUGGAAGCCGUACACCUCAUUAUGGCUCCCAGACUCCUUUGCAUGAUGGAAGCAGGACACCAGGUCAAAGCGGUGCAUGGGACCCCAGCAAUGCAAACACACCAUCACGAGGCGAAGAUGAAUUCGAGUUUAAUUAUGACGAUGAACCCUCGCCGUCUCCUCAGGGUUAUGGCGGAACGCCCAACCCGCAGACCCCUGGUUAUCCAGAAGUGCCCUCCCCACAGGUCAACCCCCAGUACAACCCUCAGACUCCUGGGACGCCUGCCAUGUACAACACCGACCAGUAUUCCCCAUACGCAGCACCAUCUCCGCAGGGAUCUUACCAGCCCAGUCCCAGCCCACAGAGUUACCAUCAAGUAGCCCCAAGCCCCGUGGGAUACCAAAAUACGCACUCUCCCGCCAGUUACCACCCCACCCCAUCACCUAUGGCCUACCAGGCCAGUCCAAGCCCCAGCCCAGUUGGUUACAGUCCAAUGACUCCUGGAGCUCCAUCUCCAGGAGGCUACAACCCUCACACCCCUGGAUCUAACAUCGAUCAGGCCUCCAAUGACUGGGUCACCACAGACAUCAUGGUGCGGGUAAAAGACACUUUCUUGGACGGCGGCGUCAUCAAUCAGACCGGUGUCAUCCGCAGUGUUACAGGAGGGAUGUGCUCCGUUUUUCUUCAAAACACAGACAAGGUGGUUAGCAUUUCAAGCGAACAUCUGGAACCCGUCACUCCAACCAAAAACAACAAGGUAAAGGUGAUUUUAGGAGAAGACCGGGAGGCCACAGGGGUGCUGCUCAGUAUCGAUGGAGAAGAUGGCAUUGUUCGAAUGGAGCUGGAUGAGCAACUGAAGAUUCUCAAUCUCCGCUUCCUUGGGAAAUUGGAAGCGUAAAGAACCACACACACAUAAAAUCACGUUUUUAUACUCAAAAGCAGAUGUUUUUUUUCUGUUUACCAUCUUUGUGAUGUAGCUGGCCUUUUUUAUUAGUGGAUGCAAUUUUUAGUGAAUAGUCUUUUUUUGUUUCUGUGGUGUAUAAAACCUUUUGGCAAGCUGCCUCCAUGUGAAAUAAAAUGUGAACUGUAAGUUCCUCAACCCAUCCA